AUGGCGGAGGAAAACAAGAACGUUCCUGAGCAAUCAACGACCCCGGAGGUCACCGAUCGUGGAUUGUUCGAUUUCUUGGGGAAGAAGAAGGACGAAGAAACAAAACCUGAGGGAACAACGCUCGAGUCCGAUUUCGAGCAUCAGGUUAAGAUCUCUGAGCCAGCGCCGGAGGUUAAGCACGAGGAAGAGGAGAAGAAGCCUAGUCUCCUUGAGAAGCUUCACCGUAGCGACAGCUCUUCAAGCUCCUCAAGCGAGGAAGAAGGUUCAGACGGCGAGAAGAGGAAGAAGAAGAAGAAGGAGAAGAAGAAGUCUGAGACCACUACUGGUGAAGGAGAAGUGAAAACAGAGGAGGAGAAGAAAGGGUUUAUGGAGAAGCUGAAGGAGAAGCUUCCGGGACACGCUAAGAAGCCGGAGGAUGGAUCGCCAGCUGUUGCACCACCACCGGUGGUUGUUGCUCCGGUGGAGGAAGCGCAUCCGGCGGAGAAGAAGGGUAUUUUGGAGAAGAUCAAGGAGAAGCUUCCAGGAUACCAUCCUAAAACCGCAGAGGAUGAGAAGAAGGAAAAGACAUCUGGUUGA